AGGACGAAUGGAAUAGACCGAUCAAGGUAUAAUGUUGAAUAAGGGGAUGUACCUGUUUUCUUUUGCCAGAGAACUUAAAAAAAAAAGACUGUCAAGAUGCCUGAGACUGGUGGCGCAUCAGUUGUUCCCAAGAAGGGCCUGACACUCGGUGACCUCAUCGCGGUCAUCGACCGACAUGAAAGGAACCCGAGCAACAUCCCAAAGGUCGAUACUUUCCAUUUCUGUGGGGAGAGAGUCUCAGAAUGGCUAGAGCGGGUGGAACAAGCUUUGGUCGGGCGGCCGGAUGUUGUAAAGUUUCAACGCAUCCUUCAGUAUGUCCUCCACAACUACCAUCAGGAGGUGAAGAAAGUCAUAGAUGCGGCUCAAGGUAGCUGGGAGAGGUUCAAGGAGGGGAUGCAGAGGAAAUACCGCCUGGGAGACGGGUUGUUGACUACCACGGACCUUGAAGCGAUGAACAAAGAGGAUUUUACGACUAUAGGGGCCUUUGUUCAAGAAUUUAAGAAGAGGGCGCGGAAGGUCUAUAGGAUUUCGGAGGAAGCACAAUGCGCCAUCUUCCUGGGGCUACUCACAGCAUCAGAGGCCGUCGAAUUGACGAGACAUGGAGGAGGUAGCACUAAGCUCACCUGGGCCACCAUUGACAGAGGGGUGGAAGUUGGGUGCUUGGACCAGGUAGAACAACGUCAGGUACGCCUGCAAAGACAGAAGAGAAAGGAAAGAGGUGCGACCGCUUCUGGGACCCCGGGAGUAACAAGGAUUGUUACAGACGUAUUGACACAGCUAGGGUAUGCGACAGAGCCAGUGGUGCAAAGAAGGGUGGUGACGGCUGUCAAAGUAAAAGGAAAAGAGCCAGUGAUAGAGGAGGAUGGCCAGGAGGAGCUCUGGGAAGAGGAAGAGCCGGUGCCGCAACACAUGACGAAGGUCCAGCGCAAAGUGCGUAAUUUGGCGCAGGGCGGACAGGGAUCAGGAAAAGCGCAGGCGCCUCAAACCCAGGCAGCAGCCCCUUUAAAUGUGGCGGCUCCAUCAUCUAGUACGGGCCCCUCGCAAGGCGGGGCGCCCUCCUCUGGACAGUGGCCCUGGCCGGUGAUCAACGCAAUUGUGCCAUGGGGAAGUACGCCUCCAGUAGCCGGACCGCAAACGAGUAUGCCACCACCCAUCUACCCCGCGGCCCAGGCCCAACCUGUGGCCCCGCCACCGUCACCUGAUCCCAGUUCACAGGGCAGUGUUGUAGGGGGUGGGAACCAGGGGCAGGGCAAUCAAGGCAGUGGAGGGAGGGGUGGAGGAAAGGGGCGAGGCAGGAAUGGCGGCGGAAGAGGAAGGCAAUGGAAAGGCCAAGGCCAGGGGUACCAAGGCCAAGGGAGUCAAGGCCAGGGGUACCAAGGCCAAGGGAAUCAGGGCCAGGGGUACCAAGGCCAGGGCUAUCAAGACAAAGGGUAUCAAGGCCAGGGGGAUCAGGGUAUCAAGGCCAGGGGGAUCAGGGAAGUCAGGGGUAUGGAAGACCCCGCUUUGACUGGAGGACGGCCAUCUGUCAACAUUGUGACCUGCAAGGCCACACUAUAAGGUUCUGUAAUAUAAGACGGGAAGACGAGAGAAGCGGGCUGAUUUCCUCUACUAUGGAUGGAGAUAUCUACGAUCAAUUUGGGGAGGCCAUUGACAGA